GUCCAGAGCCUCGCCGAAGCUCAAUAGAUGCAGAACCCGGGCCCAUUCGACGGCGUCAAGGGUACUUGGCAGGGAAGCCAUUCACACGGCCUCACGACAUCGAGCAGCAGCUGCGGCUGCGAAACGGAGGAUGACCACCCGUCUCUGGGACGUCGCCUCUUCGUCGAUGUCGGCAAUGCCGACACCAGACUGGGUUCAUAGCCAGUAUACCGAACCUGGUCAGCUGUUAUCUAUGCUAUAUACUACAGCAGGCAAGUACUGGGAUCCUGGGCAACUGAUAUUCAUGCAAAAUGAGCACCGUUUAAAUGUCUGCUCACUCGGGUGUAUUUCCAGCGGAGAAACGUUGGUCGCCGAUGUUGCUUCUUGUCCUUUCAGAGUAGCACAGGAAGGUGGGGAGGGCAUGUGUGAAGCCAGCGGAGAGGCGUUUGUCGGAGAAAUAGAUUAUUGUGCUUUCGGAUCAGCAAAGGAUGGGGCCUUGUACGAAGCCACACAACAAAGUAUGAUGAGGAGUGCUGGGGCUCGCGCUGUGAGGACGGAGGCGGCUUUUCAAGUGACGUAUGGAUAUGAACAACGUCAGCGACAGAGAUUGUCGCUGGUGGACCUCGUUGCCGACAGCGGGCAGCCGACAGGUGGUGGUGGAUGGCAUGAUGUGGAAACAGAGGCUUUCCGAGUGGCGAAUGAUGGAUGUGAACAACGUCAGCGACAGAGAUGGUCGCCAGUGCACCUUGUUGCCCACAGCGGGGAGCCGACAUGUCGUGGUGGAUGGCAUGAUCAUGAUGGGGAAACAGAGGCUUUCCAAGUGGCGUAUGGAUGUGAACAUAGGCCGCGUGUUGUGGACAGUGGGGAGCUGACGGGCGAUUGUGGAAGGUGGUGGGGUCAGUCGACGUCGAGAACAGAUGAGAGAAGUCUUUUGAGUCAGGUUGCUGGUCAAGCUGACUGGAGCUUAGAAGGAAGUGCGUCUUUGGCCGUGUGCAUCGCUGACGUCGCUGCGAUCAGUGAGUGGGUUGCUUUGCAACAGCAACCUGCCGCGUGCACCAGCAGCGUACACUGGCAGGCAGACAUGUUCCGGGGUGCUGAAGAAUAUGGUAUGCUGUCUCUUGGGUGUAACUCCGCCGAGAUUGUCGUCCCCUAUCCACCUGUUUGGGAGCCCCAGGGACUCCAACAGAUGUUAUUGCGGGCUUCAUCCUCGAUGACAGGGUUUGAUACGUUGUGUGGGAGGAGGCUUACGCAGGCGUUGCCUGGUCGUGUCGUUGAACAUGGUGCCAGGCAGCGGACAGGCUGCGUUCCGCCAUCACGAGAAACGCCCAAAUUGAAGCACCUGAAGGGGAUAGUGUGGCCUGCGGCGACUCCCAUGCCGCCUUCCACACCGACUUUCGCAACAAGAUUGGCAGUACCCUCCGCUGUGGCAACCCAUUGCCCUAACUGGAUGUAUCUUUGCGACAUGGAAGCAUCAGGUCUGCUGGGCAGGGAUACAUCAAACAUCGUUUCUCCGGUUGGCGAUGACAACGCCAGCGACUUUUCUCUGGACGCACUGUUGCUGCCAGUGGGGCAACGACGAAGCCUUAGCCUUAGGGAUGUGCCACCGCGGGCCGAGGCCGCGUGCGGUACAGCGAAUCUGCUGAGUCAGACCACAAGCUUCGAUGACAACGGUUACUUCGUUCCAAGCAUGCGAACCGAGCAAUGCCAUGCGGAUUUGUCCGGCGGACCACUCUCCUUUCUAACUGAGACGGCAGGUGCAGGCUGUGCGGCAGGCGCGGCGUCGAUGUCUGUUGGAGGAAGCAGAUCCGGGCAGCAGCAGCAGCAGCUGCCUUCUUCAGUGCCUAUCAUGGCUUUCACAAACCYCCCCCAGCAGGACCAGGUCCUGCGAUGCCUAUGUCAGCAGUCCCCAAGUUGUGAGUCCCCGCCACAAAGAGUGGGUUUAAUGACUGACAACAACACCGUAACGGUUGAGAGAGCGUUGUCCAGUGACUGUCUGAGUUGGUCAGGCAUGCUGAGUCCAGGCCCCACGAUGACAUUAGCAAUCAGUCGGUCGAGCAUGCUCCACGAUCAUAUGGGUCUGGCAGCUGAAUCUCCAAGCUGGACGGCCUUGGAACUGGAAAACUUAGGUUUCGGACCGGACUUGCCAGUGGUUGGUGCUGUGCAAUAUGGAUGGAUCUCUGGUACCAUACAGCAUUUCCGAUCCCUUUAAACGGUAGCAGUGGAGGUACCUCUCUUCUUUGGCUUCUGCCUCCUAUACAGCACAAGUGAUAGUCAAUACUUGGUCGU